AAUCAGCAAUUUAGCACGAUUUCAGAAUCUGUGAGUGUGAUAGUGAUUCUGGAAAAGACCCGGUAAUAACGAAGUUAUCAGCAUUUUGAUAUUUGUUUAUUUGUGUAAUUUUACUGAUGAGAAGUACGUCGUAGUGAAAUUGUCACAAUGUUUCGCACAGUUAUUUUACAUGCACGCAAUCAAGUCGUCCGGUUAAACAAUGCUUGUUACAAACGAUACUCGUCACAAGACGCGAACGAAACCACAAGUAUAGAAAAAUGUGUAAAUAGUGUAACGUUACUUGGAAGGGUUGGAGCAGACCCUCAAAAACGUGGAAGCGUUGAGCAUCCAGUUGUUAUAUUUUCCCUUGCAACACAUACAAAUUACAAAUAUGAAACGGGUGAAUUUAUGCAAAAAACAGACUGGCAUAAGGUAUGUGUCUUUAAGCCUAAUUUAAGGGACUCUGUAUAUAAAUAUUUAAAAAAGGGUCAACGAGCGAUGGUAAAUGGUAGAAUAAGUUACAGUGAAUUUAAAGAUACUGAUGGAAACGUAUCCUCUAGUACAUCUAUUAUAGCAGACGAUAUAAUAUUUUUUCAAUAAAAAGUUUUUACAUGUAAAUGAUACAUAUAUCUUGCCUUUUUCAAUAAAAUUAAUGUAAAAAUAAAUAUUUUCUUUAAUAAAA